CCUGCACACAGUUUACAUGUUGCAGUAACAUUUUCUAUUUUCUAUUUUCCAGACAUGUUGAGAAGAAGUGUUCGACUGCAGGAAGGGAAGGAGGGAACUCCAGCUGUUUCCUACAAAGAAAUUUUAUACAGGGUCUUUCAGAGGAGGAGAAGACUUGACCAGAACCUGAAGAGGAGGGUAAGUAUGGACCACAUUCAGACCUGUAUCCCUGCAGACAGUCAAACACCAUAUGAGGAGCAGACUGGGACCAACAGAGGAGGGGCCUCUUUUAAAAUGACUGUGCGGACCAUGACGAACGUCCUCAUCCUGCUCCUUCUGGCUUUUGGAAUAGCUCAGAUAAGUGAGCUCCAAAAGGAAGUGAAGUCAUUGAGAGCGCAGAUAAUCACGCUGGCUCCUCUGGCAGACACAAUGCCAAACUUCGCCUUGAAAUCACAAGGUGCUGAAGUCUGGCAGAGUUUAUCUUCAAAUACAUAUUGGCCCCGAGAACACAUCAUAGGAAUGAUGUGGGAUAAACUAUUAUACUGGUGGUAUUCUACUAAAGCGCAGCAGGGUGUGAUCCAGGGACACUCAAGAUUGCUGACAGGACAAUGCUGGCCAUUUGCAGGUGAAAGAGGGCAUUUAUUUGUCUCUCUGUCUCACCCAAUCUCCAUCACUCGCGUGACACUUGGCCACAUUGUGAAAAGCCAGUCUCCUCACGGCAACAUAGAAAGCGCACCAAGGGAAUUCUCUGUUUAUGGAAUGACGACCACGGGUGAGGCAGGUACCCAUUUAGGAAGAUUAGUUUAUGAUCGAGAUGGUGCAGCAUUUCAGACCUUUCACCUACCUAAUCCAGAAAGAAGGAUCUUUAGAUAUGUGAGGCUAGAGAUAGAAAAUAACUGGGGAAACAUAGACUAUACCUGCAUUUACAGCUUCAGGGUUUAUGGUAAACUCCCCACCUAUUAGCACUGUUACUUCACUUGGAGAGAAGUCAUAUUUAAUUUUAAAUUUUCAUUAGUAUUUCUAAGUAGCAUUUUUAAGUAGUUUCAGGACCCAUAUUUAUCGAGCACUCAACUCUCUCCAAGUAAUUGCUAUAGGUGGGGCAGGGUGGGGGGGUUUCUGCACUAGUGCAGUGUUUAUUUUUGCUCGAUAAAUAUGGGUCCUGGCCCAUGAAGAUAAAUCAAUCUUUAAACACUAAUUAUAAUAAUUAUAUUUUAAUACAUAUAUAGUAAUAUUUCCACCUCCAUUUAAAUGAAUGGAGGAUGUUUUGAAGUUGAUUUAUCUUCACUCUUUGGGCAGCAUGGAGGCUCAGAGGUUGACACUUCUGUUCUCUCCAUGUUUGCGUGGGUUUUCUCCGGGUGCUCCGGUUUCCUCCCACAGCCUAAACAUGGCAACUGUUGUGUUUAGUUUGAAUUGGCAUAAAACAUUUGGCUUGUAUUCAAAUGAAGAUAAUGAAUUUGAAUUAUUUUGUUCUGGGAUAUUACUACUCAGUGUUCAACUUCUUGACUUCAACACACAAUGUUCAUUUCACAAUAUCUAAAUUAAAUCUUGAAUUGUAACAGAACUUCCCUGUUAUAUUCAAAC